UUGUGUUCUUUCUCCUCUUUCCCCGUUUGAAAAGGUUCCAGAGUUCCAGAGCGGGUGUGGAAUCAGGCAGUGCUCGGUGACCCUUCCGUUUCUUCUGCGCGCCCCCUGCUUACGCCAGCCUCCACCGCGAACGUCCAGGCACGAGACAGGAGACAAAAAGAUACUGGUGUUGUGCUGCAGCUGCUGAGCAUAAUUUCUUGCGUGCGCUCUGGGCGCAAGUGUAUACGCUCGACCCCGGUUCUUCGUACGAGACCUGCAAGAAAAAGUCCCGGGCCAUCAUCUAUCAUCCUUCAUCGCCAUCAGUGAUCCCAUCACAUCACUCGCGCCACCCGAUCAGCAGGGAGCUUGCAGCGUAGUGGAGGUGCAACGGCGUUCUAGCUGACGUGUGGAUUGAUUGAUCCCUUGUGCCUUUUGAUCGUGUCGUUAGCUCGUCUCGCACGGCCACCUGCCGAUACUCCAUCAGGCCAGCUUCAUACAUCCUCGCCACGUAAAAGACCAUAUUCUCAAGCGUCGCCCCUAUAUCUCGCUUCCGUCCGCCUCGCUCAUCCCACUUCACAAUGGACACCGGCACCGCGCAUGUCAUGAGCUGGAGUGAGCCCACAAAGGGCCACGUCCCACCGCCCCUCACCGGGCCAUCCAUCACCAUCUCCCCGCUCCCCGCACCCCAUCCGCCCACAAUCUUUCUGUUCGGCGGCAAAUCAGUUCAGACAAGGCGCCUCACAUCCGACAUGUGGGCUAUGGACCUUGGUACGAGAAUAUGGGAGCACGUAGACGCCGGUCCUGGCCCCGGCCCUCGUUAUUUCCAUUCAAUGGACGUCUGGGAGGAUAAGCUCGUGUGCUUUGGUGGAAUGUCAGAUUCCGAACCCAUGUCGGUGCACAAUGACAUCUGGUUCUUUGACUGUAUCUCCAGAAGAUGGAUUCCUCAACCUUCGCCAUCCGACGAUGUUGCUCUCGGUAUCGACCUGGCAGCUCAAGAUCAGGCGCUUAUCCCCUCUGCACGUUACGCCCACCUUAGCGCAGUGUCCCGUGGCAAGCUUGUCAUUUCUGGUGGUCAACAUUCGGACAACACUUGGAUCUACGAGAUCAACGUCUAUGAUUUGAAGAACCGGGUUUGGGUUUCCAAGACUGAACAACCCCAAGCCGAUGGUAUGUAUUCCAAGGGAGCGUACAGAAGUGUUGCGGCCAGUUCCAGGAAGAGAGUCCAGACGCCCCAGCAGGGAGGUGACUUAAAGGCGGCUACUACUCAUGCAUACUCGGUUGAUGAGGAAGGCGAGGGUGGAGAUAUUUGGUGCUACUCCAACUAUGACUUUGCCAAAGUUCGACGUGAACUCGAUAUCCUCUCUCCCGACAGCUCUGAGCACGUCCCUUCCAAUAAGCACGCGCCUCCGCCCGAAUUUAUCAUCCGCGACGAAUCUCACCGUAUGCGCGGAUCAUCUCAACCCCCAGGUCUUCGUUUCCCCACUGGAGGUAUCGUUGGCAAUUCAUUUAUUCUCUGCGGUCUCUAUCUCGCUUCCGUCUCUGGCGCCUUUUCCAUCUGGGCACUCAAUCUUGAAACUAUGACAUGGAAGCACCUCGAGCCUUCCGUGUUAUCAAAUGGAAGCUGGAACCGUGCCCUUGUUUGGGCAGACAAGGCCAAAGUGCUGGUGUUUGGCAACACACAAUUUGACCUAACGUCUGAUUACAGCCGACGCGCCGUCAAUCUCGAUCAUAUCGCCGUCAUCUCUCUCGAAGCUUUUGGAAUCUACCAACCUCCCAACCUCGUGGUACCUACCAAAGUCCAGCAAGCAGGUCUGUCAAUGCUUGAUGAGAAGCUUGCAUCUGAUUUCGAGGUUAUAUGUGACGAUGGUCGACGUGUUAAAUGCUCUCGAAAGAUUCUGAGUGAGCGCUGGCCAUGGUUCGCAGAACAAGAACGGGAACUUGAAGAUAAAGCUCAUGGGUUAAUUUCUGAUGCUCCCUUUGUGGACAUCAACGAUACCCUUCUCGGCUCUUUCACUCCGGCUCGUCUCGCACCCCACAAUCUCACCCUCCCUGAGCCUUUCCCAGUCUGUGUCGCCCUCGUUCAAUACUUUUACACCCUUUCUCUUACCACUCCACUCCAAAACCGUGCACCUGUGCUUUCAGCUUUGCUGUUCAUGUCGAAACAGUACAAGAUUGAAAGGCUGAAUAGGCUUGUAGUGCAUGCUUUGCAUGAGAGAUUGGAUCUUUCUAAUGCAGUUGGUAUCUAUGAAAUUGCGACGCUUGCUGGGGAGCAAUGUUUGCAGGUGAGGGCAUUGAAUGUGAUUCACUCUGCUAAGAGCGGCUCGUCUCGAGGCCACAAUAGGCAAAACCCAGGCUCAGCCGUCCCAGGCGAAGGCGGUGCCAACGACGACUUUAGUGCAGGCCGCACCCAACCCGGUACCCCUGCCAACGGCGUUCCGUCUGGCGCCACCCGCCCUGGAGCUAUUGAUGCCCCUGUCAAACGAGCUCGUGCUGAUUCAUUGACUAUCCCUGAAGACAUUAUCUCUUCAACACCUGAGCAGGAUACGUCGCACGAUGAUGACGACAAGAUCGGCGCCCUUCUUGCCGCUCUCGACGUAUCCGCAAAGGAAAUUAACUCUCUCUCUCGUCCACAUAAUGUCGGUCACCGAGGCUCUGAUCGAUCAUUGGCUUCGUUGAAAUCUGCGCAAAGCCUUACAUCCUCCUCUUUGCCUUCUAUUCCUCAACGGAGCCAUUUGCGUCUCCCACCUCUUGCCCCACCUCCUCUCUCACGCCUACCAUCUUUUCCCCAUACACCCGACUCUAUCCAGCCUGAACGAUCUUCUUUAGGAAGGCCAUCCAGUCCUACCAACUCGGAUUUGACGAGCAACUACCCUCAAACGCCUGCCGAAUCCCUUCGAGAAUCUUGGAUCCUCCCUCAACAUAGGGACUGGUCUGUGUCUACCGGACCGGGAGGCGGUUUGAUGGACAGCAGGUCAAGCUCAAGCUCAGGGAUGGGUUUACCGGCAUUGCCGGAAGAUGAUGCGUUCGACCCUCGGUCAAGGGGUAGUCAAGGGAGGACGAAUAGGAAUCUGUUUAUAGAUCCCUUCUCGAUGCAAAAGAAGACUAAUCAAGCAACUUUGGAAGCGGCCGAUCUUUUGCAGCGUUCUGCCGUUCAAAACCUUGCCGGCUUGCAACAAACCCGCACCGAUUCGCCUACAAUGCACCAUUCUUCGUACGACUCUUCCUUUAUGCAAGUGUCCCCUGCACCUUCCAUCUCCCGUACACCAUCAGUCUCUUCCCACUCUCCUUCUGUCUUUGCGCCUCCUCCUUCGCGUUCACCCAAGGGCACCCGGCAUUUUUCAAUAAACACCCAAUCUUCUGGUGCGAGCAACCCGCUCUCACCCACAAGCACAGAGUGGAGCGAUGAGACUGGUGGGCCGCUUCUAAGGGCGCAGACAGUGAUUAGUUUGGCGAAUAGCGCAUUUGAUUGUGGGAGCAGUAUCAGCUCUGGAUCAACAGGGACGAGUAGUAAGAAGGCUGCUAAGGCGGAGGCAAAGGCUAUCCGCCAAGCCGAAAAAGCAGCAAAGAAAGUAGAAGCGCAAGCCCAUUUUGAAGCCCUCCGAGCAGAGCAAGCCAAGAAAAUGGCCCUUCUCAAAGCCGAGGCGCAGCGCAAGGCAGAGAUACAGGCGGCCAAAGAGCAGCAGGCGCCGAGCGAGAAGGAUUUGAAAAGGGAGCCAAAGAGCAAAUGGGGCAAGUUGACGAAUGGGUUCAAGGAUGCCGUCUUAUUCCCUGAUGGAGGCCCGAAGAGCACCAUGUUUUAAAGUAAAAUUGGCGAGAAGUGUUUUUUUUUUUUUUGGUUAUCUGUUUGGUCUACUGUAGAAUAGAUAAUAUGGGAAAGAAGUAAUGAUGGUCGGGCGGGAAGAACAGCUUGAAGACACUUUUUUUUAUUGUAUCGGACCUCUGAUUUUUCUUAUCUUGCUUUGGGUCUUUUAUCGUUAUUUCACCGUACAUAUUUCAUCUUAUAGAAAACAAUCUUGUCAUGGCAUGAUGUUCGUCGAACGCAAUCGAUCAGCCUUCUUGCCCUUUAUUGCGUUUAUAGAACCGAAGAAGAGGGCGGGAUUGAGCGGUGAUAUUUGUGGGUUGAAGGCAGAAAGUACAUGGAUACAAGAAUACAACAAGAUAACAG